CAGACAGCAAGGCCAGUAAGUGGUCCAAAGAAUAUUUCAAUCAAGUGUUUCCUUCCAUGUCGAUAUUCGAAACGGGAGAACAGACAGAAGACAAAGUUCCAGAUGAUGCAAUUCAAACCGUUUUGACGACGCUUAACGACUUGUUGCCAGUUGAAAAUCGAAAAUCUGGCAAAGAUAUCCAAUCAGACUACCGAGGUAAUUUUUUCAUCGACGGCACUGCGAAAGAUGGCAGUAAAAUCACCGUAUCCUACUAUCAGUCCAAGACAAAAAAACACACGCUUGUUCUCUGCCAAGGAAGUUCCAUCGGACAAGGUGGAUCUGGAGGCACCAUGAUCUUUGAAUGCAUGACUGGAAAAAACUCGUUCGCAUUCGAAUCCAGCGUUCCAGUCGUUGGUAAGGAAAAUCGUCAACCAAGGGCUGUGCGGAUGGGUGUCUACCAAGCAAUGGGUUCGAAUGGCGCCAUGGGAACACCUGUAGGAGACGUUGGUUUCAUCCACAGGCUGGACACAUCUGAGGCAUCUGCAAACAAAAAUCAGACGGGUCAUUACAUCGGCUUCGAAAAUGAUGUCAGGCUUCGGAUGGAACACGACACUACGAAACCUACAAGGCAGUCAAACGAUCCUGAUAAUUAUUACGCCAAACUAAGGAAAGGAAUAUAUGCGUCGAUCGCUUACCAUGGCCUAUCUGCGUACGGCCAAGUCCAGCCACUGCAUUCAGUGGUAGUUAAUGCCACGAAAAAGAAGGGCAUCAUUCGCCAAAGUCUUGCCCACCACUUUUUUCAAGUAGACGAGCGGAAGCAGAUGACACAAAGCCUUCAGGAAAAGUUAUACAAUGACUGGGAGGAACAAAAAUUGACAGAAGAUGUCGACUUUUUAGUCAGCCAAAUGGAAGACAAAGAAACUCAGCUUUAUCAGGUAUCGUCCCAGUGCAGUCGGGGCCUUGAGAACAUUGGAUCAAUGAGAUUUGUCAAACCGGCAUUAAAAAAGAAAUUGGGCGUGAACAAAGUUUCAGACACCUCUCGUUCAUUGGUCGGCCGACGAUCAGUUGGACGUCGUCCAGUUGAUUUCCGGCAAAAACCAGCUGGUGACGUUCGAUGCCUCGAUAUGCUGCCAACGAUGAGCGGCGUCGAUAGCGCUAUUCACAGCAUUUUCGGCCAAAUGAAUUCAAGCGGAUUGUAUGUUUGCAAUAACGUGAAAAUGUUUCGUCAACAUCUUGCAACAUUCAUUCGGCAGAAUAAAACAUCCCCAACAUCCCCUAAAGAACCAUCAAACCGAAUCGAAUUGGCAAAAUUCACCCGCAAAAAGAAAAAGCAUGACAAAGUUUUGGCUUUCGUCAAGCAGUUUGUACUCCGCGUGCAAGAAAGCAAUGCAUUGGAUUAUCCCGUAGCCUUUGACAUGAAAAAUGCUUAUUUCGAGUUUCGACGGACGAACAGCGAGGAAAAUGAAUUCCUCUGGCAAAACGCGUCAGAAUGUCAAAAAUUAUUUGAAGAAUACGCCAAGUUCGUUGAGACACCGUCGAACUCAUUGGAAUUGUCUGAGGUGGAAAUGCUAGCAAUCAUCCAUAAAAAGACCAUCCAUGUUUAUAAUGAUCAAUUAUCAUCAUUUAAGUACAAUGAAACCUUGAAUUCUAGCAGUUACAACAAGCAAUGUAUUCUUCAUCGCGGACACGGAGAAUGGCAACGAGUCGAGCCCAACAUAAUGGUGAAAAAUUUCUGUGAGCAAAUUGAUGAGGACCUUUUUGAAUAUCAUCCCAUUCAAACUCAUUACUUCCGCAAAUUCUUAGACCUCCUUAAAAAACAUGGAGCUAAGCAACAGGUCAUUGAUUCUUUGAAGACGCUCGACCCUGAAAACGGUGACACACCAGAUAAAUUGUUCCAAUUGCUUUUGAAAACCUUCCAGGAAAAUGAAGAAAGUGGCGAAAAUUUUAAUGUGAAAUUGCUAGAUGAAUAUUCAAUCGAUCUCUGCUGGUUGGCUGAAUGGAUAGCCGAGCACAAUAAUCGCAAUCUCAGUCCCAUCUUCUACUUGAAUAUUAUCAACAAUGUUCCACCCGUCGACUGGAGAUGCGAUUUUGUUAUGCUUGAAAUUUACGACCAAUUUUCUGAUGCGGUUUCUGAUAUUAUUGCAAAUAGCGAUAUACAAUACUGGUUGUAUCAAAUAGCCGAUGGAAUGCCAUCUCUGGUGCCUCUAUUACGAAAAUCGGUUGCCAUAUCCGAUAACUGUGCUGCGUUACAGCCGCAGAAGUUGUUGCGGCUCAUGGAAUUGAUAGCAACGGAUUUCGAACAAGACGACGGGAUCACAAGUCAGCAAUUACCGGAGCUUGAGCUACUGCCUCUCAGCGAUUGGUAUCACUUUUUAAAAAGCAAAAUGUGGGAAAAAAAAGUCAAUCGGCUGCCCAUCGGUGAAUCGAGUUCUCCAAAAGAGAAUAAAAAACUCAAGAAUGAGGCCGUUUACAUGUUACUGGAACUCGAAUUCAAAAACAACAAAGACUUUUGUGACGAGUUAUUAAAAAAGACUGUGGACUUGAAAACGGCCGUUUUUCUUUUGCAAAACAAUCUGUAUUCGGGAGUGACUCCUAGCCAAGAACAUAACGAAAGAAACAUUGACGAUAUUAUAAACAAGAUGAAAAAAGACGCGCCAACGAAUGACAAGUUAAUCAUAACAAAGGUAUAUCCCCGGACAUUGACUGAUGUGCAAACAAAAGUGAAGGAAUCUAAAUCAAUGUCAGAUCAAAUGAAAGAAUCUGACGAACACGAAUCCAAGCAGCAGGAAAGAAUAAAGAAAUUGAUCAAGCAAUGGCAGACAAAUGGUUUAGAACUCAACGAUAAUAAGUCAAUGGUCGAUUUUGUCUUUGUCUACGACUACGCCGUACAAAAAAUAUGUACAAAGGAUGGAGACAAACAAAUAUUCCGACUACGGGACACCCAGAGAAUUACGAUCAUGACAUUGCUGACAUCUGAAUACAAAAACACGUUAACACAAGUAUCAACCGGUGAAGGUAAAUCGCUUAUCGUCACUGGUGUCGCAAUCGCAUUCGCCCUUUGUCGAAACGAAAAUAAAAAGAAUAAGAAAAUCGAUGUUAUUACAAGUAAUGACGUGCUGGCUCGCCGUGAUUCUACGCUGUCGGUGGCCGAUGGUGGACUGCGAAAUCUUUACGAAUAUUUCAAUGUCAGUGUGGCAAACAAUUGCAGCCAAUGGGUGGACGAACGAACACAAGCCUACAAUGCAGCAGUCGUUUAUGGACAAUUGGCCAAUUUCCAGCGAGAUUAUUUGCUGGAUAAAUUCUACGGUCAUAGCAUCCGAGGUGACCGCACGAUGGACCUUGUCGUUAUUGAUGAAGUCGACUGCAUGUUGCUCGAUCGCGGUAACAACACGCUGUACCUAUCGCACGACAUCCCUGGUAUGGAGAUGCUCGAGUCUCUUUACGUUUUUAUUUGGGAAAAAAUACGCAGUUCUUCCAUCGGAUCGGAUAAAUUCAACAUGAAGGAAUCCGUUAAAUCAGCUGUUCUGUACGACCUCUACGGUGCUAUAUCUAAAGAUGAUUUAGAAUCGAUUCACAACCCAUUGAAGGACCAACCAUCGGAAAAGAAUGCGCUUUGGGACCACUUAAUUGAAACAAAAGUAAUCGACCCACAAGGACGACUAUUGAUGGAAGACAAGAUUGAAACCAUCAAUUUCAAACCACAAUUGGAUCCCAAGAUUAUCUUUUAUCUCCGUAACGUGGCAAAACGCAAGCGGAAUAUUCGAAUACCUGAGCAUUUGAUGUCCUUUGUCGAUCGUCAUCUCGACAAUUGGCUGGACAAUGCCAUGCAGGCACUGGAACUCAAACGAGACGAGGACUAUGUCGUCGAUCAAGACCGAACAGACACCAGCCCAGAUCUCCAUCCUCAAGUAAUUAUAAUUGAUCAGGACACAGGGAUGGACCAGAUCUCGUCGCAGUGGGAUGGAGCACUGCAUCAAUUUAUUCAGCUAAAGGAGGGAUGCAAAUUGACGUCCCAAAAUCUAAAAUCCAUUUUCAUUUCUAAUGCGACUUACAUCCAGGCUUAUAAAAAAGCAGCUGGCGUUUCGGGUACGCUGGGAUCUGAAACAGAACGACAAUUUAUGCAUACCAAAUACAAAAGUCUUCAGUUUGUCAUCCCAACAGCUUUCCAAAAAUGUUUCUACUUGAAACCAACGCAAGUCUUUAAAUCAAAGGACCACUGGCUCCAUGCCAUCGUCAAAGAAACACAACAGAUUAUUCAACCUGAAGAUCAAGCUAAAGCUCGUUCUCUCGUCAUCUUCUGUCAAUCAAUCAAAGAUGUGAACGUUAUUCGCCGAUACCUUAAAAAUGCAUUAGGAUCAAAACUCAAUGAUAACCACAUCCAUUGCUACACACGUGAUUAUGAAAAAUUUGCUUUCGAAGGUAAAUCACUUGAAAUUGGUCACGUGAUUGUCGCCACCAACUUAGCGGGUAGAGGCACGGAUAUCAAAAUAAGCGAGGAGUUGAGAGAAAACGGAGGUUUGCACAUUUGUCUAACUUUUCUGCCGAAAAAUGAGCGAAUUGAAGAGCAGGCGAUGGGACGUUCAGCUAGAAAUGGAGCACCCGGAAGUGGAACCUUCCUCCUAUACGAAGAAUCGCCAACAGGAAAGAAGUGGGAUGCCGGAAAAUGGUUAAGCAUGAAGGAGGAGCGUCAAUGGAGAGAAAAACAACGGAUAUCCCGUUUGCAAGAAGAUUUCAGGACAAUGGAACACGAGCAAAAUUUUUUUGACGAAUUGUCUAUUUAUUACACUGAACUAAAGCAAGAAUUAAAAAAACAAAAACGUGAAGAUCAGGCAAUUAAGACAAUCUGCGAUAGUGUACUUGACAUAUGGGCUUUGUGGCUUGACCAAACAGAGGAUCAUUUGAAACUGACUUAUUACUAUCAUCAUCAUUUUCUCAAACGUUUCCGGACUGGACUUGGAUUGCCAGAAAAAAACAUGACUGACAAUAGUUGGAUGACGCCAGUUCGAUCUGUCACCCUGGCAAAACAUCUGGCUCUGCAAAAGUCAUCGCUGUCCGAGGCAUGUGAAAUUCUGAAACGAGUCAUUGACUCAAGGGACAGUGAUCUGUAUCCGGCUGCUCAUUACUACUUUGCUUUCGUUUUGAUUCAAGAAGAUUUUAAAGAAAACAGACCUAAAUUUAUUCAAAUUUUGCAAAAUUGCGAAACUAUUUUGAGCAACGACAUAGACAUGCACUUGUCCUUUUAUCGCAAAGUCGCCCAUGCAGCGCCUGAGCAAACCCCGUCGUUCUGCGUCGUCGACGCCUAUAAACAGCAAAAAAACAAUAUGGUGAAGAUCCUCGAAUAUUUCAUCGGUUCCGUCCGGGCUUUACUUGGCAGUCAUUAUUGCUCAGCCUCUAAUCUCAAGGAAGCUGGGCGAGAUCCCCCGAAAUACCUGGAGUCGUCGAAAAGAAAAUGAAAAAAAUUCUAACAUCUAUACGGAAACAAAAUGCUUCCCAUUUCCCGCGUUUUCA